GGAACUCUGUAUCGAAGACAAUGUCUGGAAGCUACUACUUCGUAAUAGUUGGCCACCAUGAUAACCCAGUUUUCGAAAUGGAGUUUUUGCCAGCAGGAAAAGCAGAAUCCAAAGAUGACCACCGCCAUCUGAACCAGUUCAUAGCUCACGCAGCCCUCGACCUCGUCGACGAGAACAUGUGGCUGUCAAACAACAUGUACUUGAAAACUGUGGACAAAUUUAAUGAGUGGUUUGUCUCGGCGUUUGUCACUGCAGGCCAUAUGAGAUUCAUUAUGCUCCACGACAUUCGGCAAGAAGAUGGAAUAAAGAAUUUCUUCACUGAUGUCUAUGACUUAUACAUAAAGUUUGCAAUGAAUCCAUUUUAUGAACCCAAUUCUCCUAUUCGAUCAAGUGCAUUUGACAGAAAAGUUCAGUUUCUUGGGAAGAAACAUCUUUUAAGCUGAACAUAGAAAAAUUCAGAAAUUACGCCACUGCAAGGGUUAUACUCAGGCAUGUGACAUUGUAAGUAACUUUAUUAAACAGCCUAGAAA